UUCUAGAAGCAAAUUCGAAUCAAGUUAACCGCACGCCAUUUGUUUUCGUCAAUAAACAACUUUUGUUUCAGUCACAGCGCAGUCAAAGCAGAUCUGAAGUGCGUUGAUAAUCUUGUCAGAUAAGCAUUGGUGAUAUGAACACAAGGUGGUCGUUUUCGAGUUCGCCGCCGUCGUCGCAGUGGAUGGGCGGCGCUGCAGGCGCCGUCACCGGCGGCUGUGGCGCUGUAAGCGGCACGUCGCGAUCACUCCUCACGGCCGCCCGCUGCUCCGCCAGGAACACAUACAACAUGGACGACUUGGUGGUAGAAGUAUGCGGCGAAAACGGUGCCCUUUAUAAGGCAUACAUAUUAGAUGUGUUUGAGGAGGAUGCAUUAGUUCAAUUUGAAGAUGGAUGGCAACCGGAUUCCAAAUUUCUAUACUCGCGUCUCAAAUUUCCGCCAAAACCCGACCCAAGUCCAGAGUUUCUUGAGAAUCAGGAGGUGGAGGUGUAUUCUAGCUCUGGUGGUAAUUCACAAGAUGCCUGUGGAUGGUGGAAGAGCAAAAUUAAGAUGAUGAAGGGUGAUUUUUACGUCCUCGAAUAUAUAGGCUGGCAAAACUCAUUCACCGAAAUCGUCAGCAGCGAACGCAUCCGACACAAGAACACCAACCCGCCGCUGGAGAGAGCAAUGUUUCACAAGUUUGAGAUUGAAGUUCCUGAAGACGUCCGAGAGUAUGCAAAAGUAGAAAACGCUCACAAAGAGUUUCAAAAAGCGAUCGGCGCCGGCGUGAUUCGCUACAAUCCUGAAACCUGCAUGCUGGUGGUGAUCUCCACGUGCGAAUCGAGCAAGAAGCGCUCGUCGCUGCUGCAAGAGAUGCACUUUCGCAGCCUGCAGCAAAAGGUGCUGCUGCUCAAGCGCACCGAAGAGGCAGCGCGCCAAUUGGAGAACACGAAACUCUCGACGACUGGCGGCAAGUCAUUUAAGCCCAUGUAUCAGCGUGUCUCAAAUUUCGAGGCAGCUCGUGCGGGCUCCAGAUAUUCGGAUGAGUUUAACGUGCGUGAAGAUCUGAUGGGUCUGGCGAUUGGCGCGCAUGGCGUGAACAUUCAGCAGGCACGCAAGGUGGACGGCGUGACGAACAUUGAGCUGGAGGAGAACUCGUGCACGUUCAAGAUCUAUGGCGACAGCGACGAGGCUGUGAAAAAGGCGCGCGCCAUGCUGGAGUACAGCGAAGAAUCGCUGCAGGUGCCGCGCACGCUCGUCGGCAAAGUGAUUGGUAAGAAUGGCCGGAUCAUUCAGGAAAUUGUCGACAAAAGCGGCGUGGUGCGGGUGAAAAUUGAAGGUGAUAAUGAGCCGCAGCCGACGAUUCCGCGCGAAGAGGGCCAGGUGCCGUUUGUAUUCGUUGGAACCGUCGAAAGCAUAGCUAACGCGAAAGUUUUACUCGAGUAUCACUUAGCUCACUUAAAGGAAGUGGAACAAUUAAGACAAGAAAAGUCUGAGAUCGACCAGCAGCUACGUAGUAUCCAGGGCUCAACGAUGGGCUCCAUGCAAUCGCUGUCGAUGUCGAGGCGAAGCGACCGCGGCGGCUACAAUUCGGACAUGGACGGAGGUCGUGGCCGAGGGCAAAUGCGCGGACGUGGUGGACGCGGGCGCGGCGACCGAGGCCGUCACGAUCGCUACAACACCGGUUCGAGACAUCAAACACCUGAUACGACUGAGGAGCGCGUUGGGGAUUUACCGCCCCGACAACAAUACGGGUCUUCCAGGGGCGGCGGGCGUAAUCGUCGUGAUCGACGCGAUGAACGGCGCAGGACGACAGACGAUGAGGAAACCGUGCUUGAUAGUCAGGACCAUUCGGGCGCUGAUCGAGAAUCGGUGUCGAGCGCUGAUUUAUCGUGGUGUUCGGGUACGGCUGGCCGACGAAGAUGGCGGCGUAAACGUCAUUUCCACGACGUUCACAAUCAUCAGAGUGGUGGUGCAGGCGGUGGCGGUGGUAGUGAUGUGCAUCACAUGUCGAAUAAUGGCGACGCGCCACCACAGCACGCCAAGCCGCACGCAUCCGGUAAAUCGCGAGGGAAUCGCGGCACGUCGCGCCGAAAUGAGCCGAAACCCGCUGAGGAAUUGGUCAACGGCACGCCGGCUUAGGACGACGACGCAUCCCCCAUGAUCAUCAUCAUCCGCUCUCGAUUUCUUCACACACCGUUUUAUUAUUUAUAUAUUUGUGUGUAUGUUGUUCUGUAUAAAGAUGGCCGACGCGCAACAAUGGCCGCCAUUUUGUAUUCGAUUUCUAUCAGCCGGCAGAGAAACUUUUCUUUUUCGCAUUACUCUUUUGUUCAGUGCCAAUUUUCGUUUUCGUUUCCUUGGAAGAAAAAACUCAAACGCUUGUUGUUUUUAGUGUAUUAAUUAUUAUUAUUUAUUACUUUUGGUCGUUUGUGAUUUGCUUUUGUGUUUGUUGGUUAUUUCGAAUCGAAGGCUGAUAGAGAUACUAAAUCAAAUGUAUUUGUUCGUAAUGAGCAACUGAAUGAGACUGCAAAUUGUAAAACACGAGAAGCGCCUGCAGUAACUUUAAAUAACGAUUUAAUAACAAACAUGUAAUAUGCAAACACAAGACUGUGCAGAAACCCCCUCGCCUGCCUCCCGCCGCCCCACACACACGUGGGGGCGGCCUUUUUUCAUGGUUUUCAUUUAACGAAUCGUCAAACACAAACUAGUAUAAUAUAAGCGAGGCGUGUGUGGAUGAGCUUGUUGCGCAAAACGAUAGGCAAACUAAAACCAAAAUGCAAACACACUCGUCGUGAUGAAACAAGUUGUGAGUUGUGAGUAAAUUUUCUAAUCUUGGAAUACAAUCGAUGUCGUUUUCAAACUUCUUAUAGUAAAAUAGCGCACAGUUUUGGCAUUUUCGGCGCCAUCUUGAAACCAACCGAAACAGAUAUUGAGUUUGAGUCUUUUUGGAGAAAAAACACACACAACUUAAUUAAUUGCCAUCCGUAAACUUAAUCGUAAUGUUUCUUUAAUAAUGUAUCGAUUAUUUAUUUCGUUUCCUUCUCUUUUUUUUAUAUUCUAGUUUAUAAAUAUUAAAGCUAAAACACCUGUUUGUUUUUUCGUACGUAAUUUUCUUGUUUUGAUGGAUUCCGGCGUGCUUGUUGGGUAUGAUUGAUUCGUUUGACUCGAUGAAGGUGCUCUGCGUUCAAUUAAAAUGAGAGUUGCAGAAGGGGAGGUUUUCUAGGAUAAACAAAAUGUUGAACCACAAAUUUAAAACAAAUGAGAUGAAUAUUGUGAUUGUGGGAGAGGAUUUGUUUCGCUAAUGUAUUACAUACAUACUAUAUGAGAAUGGAUUAUUGUAAACACACGAUUUUGCAUUAAAUUAACAAUAGAUUUUGCGCAA